AUGGCUGCUGGGUCUGUAAUACAAUACAGUGGCCACAAGUACUUCCGGCAUCGUCUAGCUCUAUCAAUACUUAGUGGAAAGUCUGUCAGAAUCGACAAAAUCCGUUCAGAGGAUAAGGAUCCUGGUCUUCGAGAUUUCGAGGUCAGUCUGUUAAGACUUCUGGAAAAGGUUACGAAUGGGACGGUCAUCGAAAUAUCUGCCACAGGUACUGCAAUCCUACUAAAACCUGGAAUCAUUGCAGGCGGGUCUUUAAUCCAUGACUGUCCUCUUUCAAGAUCAGUAGGAUACUUUCUUGAGCCGAUCAUCAUGCUGGCUCCGUUCGCAAAACGGCCUGUACAGUUGACAUUGCGUGGAAUAACAACUGACGACAACGACUUUUCGGCAGACUUGAUGAGAACAGUGACGCUGCCUCAUCUGCAGCUUUUCGGUAUCUCUGACGGAUUGGAACUUCGGAUUAAGAAGCGGGGAGCACCUCCUGGAGGUGGAGGCGAAGUCCAACUUCUUUGUCCUAUUGUAAAACAAGUCAAGACCUUGAACUUUGUGGAACCAGGAAAGAUUAAACGAAUAAGAGGAAUAGCCCAUGCCGUUCGUGUAAAUCCUCAGUUCUCAAAUCGUAUGAUUGAGGCUGCGAGAUCCAUACUGAAUCGAUAUAUUCCGGACAUAUAUAUAUACUCGGACGUGUACAAGGGAGAGGAAAGUGGAAAAUCCCCUGGCUAUGCCCUCAGUCUUUUGGCCGAAUCUACCACCUCUGCUUUGUUCUGCUCUGAGGCAACAUCAAAACCUGGCGUUGCCCCGGAAGACAUUGCGUUACAAGCAACUCGUGCUUUACUAUCGGAAAUCAGCAAAGGGGGAUGUAUUGACCAGAAACACCAGUCAUUAGUGUUACUUUUGAUGGUAUUGGGUAGUGAAGAUGUUGGGCGUUGUCGAAUGUCCCAACCAACCCCUCGAACUAUACAGUUUCUCAGAGAUGUUCGGGACUUCUUUGGCACAUCUUUUCAGAUUGUCUCCAUAGAAGACCCAACAAAUCCCAAUUCUGCAGAUCUUCUUUAUUCCUGUUAUGGCACUGGGCAUGUCAACGCAAACAGAGAUCUUGCUUGA